AUGGUGAAAUACUAUUUAAAGGCCGCAGCCGAAUUGAGUAACGUCACUGACUUACAGCCAGUGGACACUCCAGAGAGUCCAUUUGAAUAUACUUUCAAGAUUGAAUGCACUAAAUGCAGAGAGGCCCAUGACAAACCGGUAACUAUCAAUCAGUUUGAAAACCAUGAGUUACCUGAUUCCAGGGGUGAGGCUAGUUUUAUUUUCAGAUGUCAUAAUUGUAAGUCCUCACAUUCUGCCCUGAUAAGCAGAAGUAAACAACUGUUAGUGAAUCAAGAUGAGGAUUCUGGGGUUUUUUCAGUUGCUUUAACUACAGUGCUUGAAAUAGAUGCAAGAGGAGUUGAAUUCACUGAAUUUAUUCCUGAGGGAAGAUUUCAAUGUAAAGGAUUGAAAAGUUCUACCAAAUUUGACGAGGUUGAUUUAGAAGACGGCGAAUGGUACGAUUACGAUGAUCAAGCAGGAGAAGAGGUUAGUGUUAUUGAUGUUAAAUGGGAAAUUUCUCGUAGUUGA